AUGGCGGCGGGCUCGGCGUCUUCCCUCGGUGGCGGUGCGUGGCCUGGCUCUGAGGCUGGGGACUUCUUGGUCCGCUAUCGGCAGGUGUCCAGCAAGCUCAAGAAGCGCUUCCUGCGGAAGCCGAACGUGGCCGAGGCCGGGGAGCAGUUCGCGCAGCUAGCCCGCGAACUGCGCGCCCAGGAGUGCCUGCCCUAUGCCGCUUGGUGCCUGCUAGCUGCGGCGCGCUGCCAGCAGGCGCUCUUCCACGGGCCCGGGGAGACGCUGGCCCUCACCGAGGCUGCUCGACUCUUCCUGCGGCAGGAGUGCGACGCGCGCCAGCGCCUAGGCUGCCCGGCCGCCUAUGGCGAGCCUCUGCAGGCGGCUGCCGGCGCCCUGGGUGUGGCUGUGCGCCUUCACCUCGAGCUGGGCCAGCCUGCCGCCGCCGCCGCUCUGUGCCUUGAGUUGGCCGCCGCUCUGCGCGCCCUGGGCCAGCCGGCCGCUGCCGCAGGUCACUUUCAGCGCGCUGCUCAGCUGCACCUGCCCCUGAUGCCACUGGCCGCCCUGCAGGCGCUGGGCGACGCCGCCUCCUGCCAGCUGCUGGCGCGCGACUACACCGGCGCCCUGGCGCUCUUUACACGCAUGCAACGUCUGGCACGGGAGCAUGGCAGCCACCCGGUGCAGCACCCCGAGCUGCCCCUUCCGCUCCCGCCGGGACCCCAACCAAGACCUGGCUCGGUCCCGACCCUGCCCCUCCCGCUGCUGCUCCCGGACCAGGCCCCAGGCUCUGCUGCGCCCUCUCCCGGUACACUGGGUGCCUUCGCAGACAUCCUUGUCAGGUGUGAGGUGUCCCGCGUGCUGCUCCUGCUGCUCCUGCAACCACCGCCGGCCAAGCUGCUGCCCGAGCAUGCCCAGACCCUGGAGAAAUACUCCUGGGAGGCUUUUGACGGCCAAGGCCAGGAUAGCAGCGGCCAGCUUCCUGAGGAGCUGUUUUUGCUAUUGCAGUCCCUGGUCAUGGCUGCCCAUGAAAAGGACACAGAAGGCAUCAAGAAGCUGCAGGUGGAGAUGUGGCCGCUGCUGACUGCUGAGCAGAACCACCUCCUUCACCUCGUUCUGCAGGAAGCAGUCUCCCCCUCGGGCCAGGGGGUCUGAUAAGUCACCUGAACCAAACAACCUUUCCUCCUGGUACCAACUUGUUUUAUUUUGGGGGACAGAUGAUGGAAGAUGUGAUCUUGUUUCUGUUUUUCUUUUUCCUUUUCUUUUUUUCUCGUUUCUGUUGCCAAUGUGGUAGUUUAGCUGUGCGUGCCUAGCUUGUUACAUAAAUUAGUGCCCUUCGGGUCCAUCCAUACUGCCUCAAACGAAGUAACUUCAUCCUUAAGGCUGAACGAGACUCCACUGUGUAACAAUCUGCUUGCUUUAUGCGCUGGUCAGUUGCUGGAUACUGUGUUGAUUCGUUUUUCUGGCUGUUUUGAGUUUAGAGAAAAUAAACACGGGAGGACAGAAAAAAAAAAAAGAUGUUUUAAUAUCAGAAGGGUUUUCAUGACGGUGAGGAAUAGCAGCGUACCUGGCAGCACCUAUUCACUUCAAAAAAAGGAUGAUGGGCAUUAAAGAACCUCUCUAUGGAGAUUGCUUUCAUUGUUGCAAAGUUUUCCACUGGGCAAGAAUUUGCCCUUGCCUCAACUGCUGACAGUAUGUUGUCCAAACUGGACAAACAGGACACAAAAGAAGGCAACUGCCAAACUUUGUCAAACAGUAUAGGAGAAUCCUUCAAAAUUCCUGCUUUGCAGAAACAUCUGUCAGAUAUUCUAGGCCUGUAGGUUGAAGAUGGAUGCCCCAACAUUGCAGAGGAGCCUUGAGUGACUGUCUAGGCAUCCAGAUGUCUCUGUUGUUUCUAUAGUUUUGGAAGUUGUUUGCUCUGAACUUCCUGUUUACUCAAGUAAUAUUAUAUCCUUCUCAGGUCUCUGAUGGGGAUUGAAACUAGAUAGUAUACAGUUUUCCUUGUUACCAAAUUCAAAAAAGACACUCAAAAGGAGGUAUAAUUGUAUAAGUUUGAGAGAAAUAAAAGCUUGGUUAACUACAAAA